GUUUUUUCAUCACGAUUCCCUCUCGUCUUCAACCUUCAUCUUCUGCUUGUUUCGAUGAAUUCCAAAUAAGUCUUCCCUUCUUCUAUUCGUUCUUCCUGUUUCGGAAAUUAUGGAAAUCGUGUGUUCUCCAAAUCAAUCUCCAACCAUACAUGUCUUGAUGAACGUAGAUGGUCAGUGGUUGUCGGACAUUCACUUUCAAAGCUCAACCGCCAUCGCCAUUAAUAUUCCUUUGUCCUGCAAGUGGAUUGAAUUUUGUGGAAUUGUAUACAAUUCGUUGGGCGUAAGAGAUUGUGAUAAUGCUAUACGUAUUUCAUAUGUAUUUCAAGCAUGUCCUCCGCCGCUUAUCAUCAAUGACGAUUCCAGCUUGAUUUUUUUAUCUUCAAAUGAAAAGCAUUCAAUCAGACUUCAACAAACUUCCUCUGUGUGUAGAGCUUCUUCAAUCGUUUCAAGGAUGUGCUGAAAGUGCAAACACGGUUGAUUACUCUUUUUCGGAUGAUGAAGUUUUGGAUGUUUUGGAGGAUUCUGAAAUAUUAGCAGCAGCAGACCAACAAACUAUGCAGUGUAGUGAUGUUUUGCAGGAUUCUUAUUUAAUCCCUUUGUCUUUUGAUGAAGAUGUUAUCAAUGAUGCAAUGACUUCACAUCUUCGUUUGAGGUUCCUCACUGUUCUUUUGUCCCCCACUUUGUCCCCACCCGUCUUGCUCUAGACGCCAUAUAUCAAAACAAGAAGGAGUUUAGUUUUAAUCUAAAGAUGUAUGCAAUUACUAAUUUUUUCCAAUACCGAACAAAGUCAUCUUCUCGUAAGGUGUUACAUGUUAUUUGUGUGGAUCCUGAUUGUCUGUGGUCUGUUUGUGGAGAUUGCUUGGAUGGAAGUGGCUUGUUCCAAGUGUGGUUAGUGUUUUCUUUUCUUUGGUUAUGUAUUUUUUUUAGAUGUGCUUGUUUUUUGAAUUACAAUUUUUAUUGUUUGCAUAAUGUUUACAUUAUUGAAUGCGGUGUUAUUGCACUUAUAAGCUGCAAGUAAUGAAAUUGUUUAGACCUUAUAUGUUGUAUUUUUACUUGAACAACCUUGUGAGGUUCAAAAGAAAAUUCAGAAGAGGAACCGCGGCCUUCCCCUAGGGUUUGGGGCGUAGUUUUUCCGGCGAAGCUUUCGAUUGAAGAGCUUCAAAUAGUCAUAGGCAGCGGGCCAUACUGUGGAGAAGGGGGGUUCCAAUGAAGUUUUUGAUACAGAUUUGGCAAGGAUUGAUCCUUGAGGAAGAGAAGCGGGGGAUUGCUAUCGAUUUUAGUGGAGACGGCACAGGGGUGAUCGAUGAUGAUGAAGAAGUGGCGGCCGAGUUGAAGGAAAACCGCUUUGGUGCGUCAACAAUCAUAGCGAUGGUCCGGCCUCCUCCUGAACCACCGCCAGGGGUGAACAAG